UGCAGCCGCUUCUGGCCCUCCUGGCCCCUAUUCCCCUGAACCUGCGCCUGGGCGCCGGCUAUGGCGGCAGCUGCGGCGGGGACGCGCGUGUUCCUGGAGGUGCGGAGAUGGCUGCAGAGCGCGCUGCUGAUCCUGGGGGAGCCUAAAGAAGGGGGUAUGCCCAUGGAUAUUUCUGUAGUGCCGUGCUCACUCCAGGUGAAGACCCCGGAAGGCUGCACAGAGCUCCAGCUUCCAGCAGAGGUCAGGCUUGUGCCUUCCUCCUGCCGAGGGCUGCGCUAUGUCCCAGGAGAGGGACUGCACCUGCGACUGCAGGUGCAGACAGAGUCUGAUGCCAAACUGAUUUCAAUGUUUAAUCAAAGCUCACAAGCCCAAGGAUGUUGCACAUUUUAUUGCCAGUCCUGCGGUGAAGUCAUAAUAAAGGACAGGAAGCUCCUCAGGGUGCUCCCAUUGCCAAGUGAGAACUGGGGAGCGCUAGUUGAAGAAUGGUGUUGUCAUCCUGACCCCUUUGCUAAUAAGCCUCUUCAUCCGCAAGAGAAUGACUGUUUUAUUGGAGACUCUUUCUUCUUGGUGAAUUUAAGAAGUGAUUUAUGGCAGCCAAGACCUGAACUAGCCCCAGUGGAGACACAGUGUCCUUCUGAGAACCAUUUUAAAUUGAAACCAAAGGCAAAUACCAAAGUAAUUUGUAAGCGUUGCAAGGUAAUGUUGGGAGAGACCAUGUCAUCAGAAACCACCAAGUUUUAUAUGACGGAGAUAAUUAUUCAGCCAUCUGAAAGAAAAUUUUCUAUCAUAGCAAGGUCUCAGUUUGUACAGAGUGUUAUUGCCCAGUGUCUAGUGGAACUCUCCGCUGCUAGAAGCACUUUCAGAUUCACUAUUCAAGGUCAUGAUGGCAAAGCGUACAUCCUGCUAUGGCUUUUAAACUCAGAUAGUCUGGUGAUUGAAUCUUUGGGAAGUUCCAAAAGUAUCAAAAAGUUCCCCCUGUUGGAAGAUAACUUGAAGGCAGAUUCCUGUUCUGCCUGGAAUGCUGUCAAGGUCCUCUACCAGCCAUGCAUCAAAAACAGGAAUGCAAAGCUUUGCAGUGCUUGGGAAAGUGACAUCAGCAUCCACUCUCUAACCCUGCCCUCUGCAACCUGCUUGGAGCUGCUGCUGAUAUUAUCAAGGAAUAAUGCCACACUGCCUCCAUCCCUUCGCUCUAUGAAUUCCUUUCAGUUUGGCCACUGUUUAUUUCAGAGCCUUGGAGCUUGUAAUGGUGUGAAUUCACAUUCUGAGGGAUGGAGGUGGAUGGAAAAAUGCUGA